AUGAGGCCUUCCGUGUUCACAAGCGCAAAAGGGCCUCCGCUCUGCAGUACCACCGUUCUUCGCCCUCCGCUGACGACUCCACAAUGCACCGCGGCAGGCUACUCAACUAUUCGGCUAGACACAUAUCAUGACACAAGUGAUUUAAGGGAGGCACUGCGCAAAAUAGAGGCAGCCUUUAUGUGUGUUGAGCAAGAGGCAGCCGGAGUGGUGAAACCAGCCGCGGAAGUGAUGUCUUCCACUGCCGACCCCAGCACGGGGAACGGCGCGAUCAAGGGGACGGCAGACGUACAGCUAGAAAGGUCAGAUCGCAGAGCUUUAUCUGUGUCCACCAUUUUUUUCAAGAAGAACGCAGCGACAGCGUCAAUGCCACCGAGGAGAGGUCUACCGGUGGUUUUGCAGUUGUCACCGCAGCUCGUGAUUUACUGCUUCUCCUUCUGCAACUUGCAAACGCUGAGUGUGCUGUGUAGAGUAUCGGUGCGGAUGAAUGUUCUGUUGACGCGACAGGGUGACGCGUUGUGGCUCGCGGCGGCGCAGCGGCGGCGAAUCCCAAUUGAGGUUCCGGCCUGUGCGCGGGAGGAACUACGCAAAGUGCUGCUGCGCCGCGCACGCGAGCGGAAUGCUGAGGAGGCACACUACGAGGCAGAGAUCGCGAGAAUGGAGCAGCGACUCUCGGCGCGCGCGCAGGAAAUCUAUACACAAAAUGUCGAUGUCGAUUUCGCACUGCGAACGAGCGGUGCGGUAUCAACACGAGUUGCUGCGAACACUGAGUCUUUUGGGCUUCUACGGCAGCGUAUACCGCAGGCCAUGGCUGGUGCAGGUGUUGAUUUUGCAGGCACCACUCCUGCAGCGGUGUCGCAGUCGGCUGAAAUGUGCGCGAAGUUGCAGACAGAGAUAGAGGCAUUGGAAGAGAUGAAGCGAGCGUGUGAAUGCCGCUUGAAUCUUCAGGAGGAGCUACUGCUGCAUCAAGAUGCGCAACUACUCCAGUGGCAGUCGCUCUUGCUUCCCUGUAAGCUGCCUAAAUCCUACUCUCCUCUUGCUCCAGCAGAGGGUGGGGCAGCAACCGCCCCUAUACACACAGAGGAGUUUGCAGACGCGGCUGCGUCGCUCCCAGCGCUUGUGUCCGCCGCGCAAGUUGACAAUUUUGAGCGUCGCAUUGCGCGCCUGGUUCUCAACGGCCCCGUUGCGACUUCAUCGGUUCCGAUAACGGAUGAAUCCCCAGGGGAAUCAAGCCUGCCUGUCGUGCUGCGGCGCGGUGUAGAGAACUUUGCGAGCGUGGAACUGGUCUUGCGCGCGGUUGGGAAUGACGUGCCAGUUACUGACAGCAGUCCUGCGAAUGCGGAUGCCGUGUUAGCGAGCAACACCAAGGCCACCGCCACUGCUGCUGCUUCUGACACCGCAGUGCGUGCCGCUGUGAGGCGCUGGAACACCUUUAAGAAGAUCUGCCCGACUAAUGAGGAGUAUCAAAAGGCGCGUCUCUUCUUAAAAGCGCAGGUGCUACGGACCGUGCCAGGGCCCAUGGCUCGUGUGCAGUGCAACACGGAUGGACACUGCUCCGAAAAGGCAGACGCGCAGCUGCAACAGCAGCCUUCCGUGAGAGAGAUGCCCGCGCUGAUUAGGCUAUCUGGCUUUGUGCGGCGUGUAGAGGCGAUGUCAGACGCACAGGUGCUGCAGGAAUGGAUGUAA